AUGUCAAUGCCUGAGAGCUACCCAGACAAAGUGAGUGAAGAGGUGGGAUUGGUGCCUAUUGCCAACGGAAUCAUCAUUGACAACCUGGCAUCUGGCCAGAACAUUGAGCAGGUUUGGAGCCUGAUGUACAUGGUUCGGGACAUUCUGGACCUCCAUGGUGUAGGAGGUCAAGGUGUUCGAGCAUCUGAAGAGUUUCCAGGCAAGGGCAGCGGCUUUAUCGCGGUCCCAGAUGUAGACAUCAGCAGCUGGGAUCGACAGCCACUGAAGCGCUUAGCAGCCAUGGCUCCAGGAAGCACUUUGAAAGUCAUGAAAGAUGGCAAGGUGGAGCGGGAGUUCCGUCUCGAAGUGCCGCCUCGGGUCUACAACUUCAAGGAGGGACAUCUCCUGCAAGAACACUGCUUGUGUGUCCCAUCCGCAGAAUAUGCAGCACGAAGUGGAGCCCUUCUUUGA